UAGUGUCAAAAGCGGGAUUAGCUUUUUGGGUGGUGUCACGCGUUUCCGUCAUUCUUGACGCGUUCAGCCCUUCGCCGUGAACAGAGAACGACAGAAUCGGACAGUCAACACAAUUUGGGCAAGACGUUGGUUUGCGGUUUUCCUUGCAACAUAACGAAGAAGUCCUGUAUAUGAGAACUGCUGCAGGUUCGCAAGGUACUCUGAAUCUACAGGGCGGAUCGCAGUACCGUGUGUUUCUGCGGUUUGAGUUGGCCCGUGGCGAAGCAACUCGCCGGCGAGCGUCGGAUUGAAUACCGUCGCUUGAUUGUCGACAUCGCUUUGAAAGUUACACUGAUUGAGAAGUGGCGGUGGGCAGGAUCGCUGACGCCCUACUGUCAAGUACCCCCAAACGCUCACUCCCCCGACCUCCUCCAACACAACCCACGAUGUCCUACUACUACCGCAACGCCGGCGACUCCUCCGAGCCCAGCACCCCCACGCGCGACUACCUCACCGCCGACGCCCCCACCAUCCCGCGCUCCCCCUCCGUGUCUUCCGUCUCCUCCAUCCGCAGCUACCGCACUCGCCGCACCCACCGCGCCUCCCUCGCCACCAUCAAGUCCUUCGCCUCCACCGAGUCCGCGUCUUUCCCCUCCGAAGAAUCCCUCACGGAAGACGACGCCCGUAUCGCACGCUCUAAACUUCAGGACCGCAUGCGGGUGUACUACCAGACUCAAACCAACUUCAAUGAUUUGAGUGCUGAGGCGGUGGAUGAGUUGUUUGAUCUGGCACUCGCGGCAGGCUACGGGUCACAGGCAGCCCACCAGCGCACCUCCCUCAACGCCACCUCCAAAGCAGCCAAACUCAAGCUCAUCCAGAUUAUCAACGCCGAAGACCAGCGCUCCCCACAAGGCGACUCUGAAAAACGACCCUCCUACUACGUCCAGUACCUCCUCUCCACCACCCAACAUUCACAGCACAAGAAACGCGGGGAGAAGUUCUUGAAUGCGAUCUCGAGGAGUGUUACCGGGGGCCAAAGUAGACAGGGGGUUCUGGUCGGGGUGUUGGAGGAGCUAUACAGGCAGUGUAGAAGCCAACCGACGAGUUGGAUGAAUGAUUUUGCGGCUUUGGGCGGGUGGGAGGCGUUAAUUGGGGUGUUGAGGGGGGCUCAUCGGAAGAAUGAUAGCAAAGGACGGCAUUUCGAAGUCGAACGCAAUGUAUUGCAAGUAUUGAAGAUCCUGACGAACCAGCGAAAAGGCAUCCUGGUCCUCCUCUCCUCCCCCUCCUACCUGCGCACGAUCGUCCUCUCUCUCGACUCCCCCCAGCUUGCCAUCCGCACCACCGCAAUCGACUUCCUGCUCUGCCUCGUCACCAUCGAGUACCCGCGCGGGCACAAGCUGGUUAUGGACGCCUUCAACCACUUUCGCGCGAGCCAUGAUGAUUUGUAUACGUUCGCAAGGCUGGUGGAGAGUUUGGAGUAUUUGGUUUCGACUCGGGGCGUUUUUGGGACGGCUGUUGGGGCCAGAGUGGAGGGCGCGAGGGAUCCGGGGUUGAGUUGGGGCGGGAGGGGGAAGGGGGAUAUGCAGAGAGAGAUUAAAGGGUUUUUGGUUUCGGCGAUAACGCUGCUCAAACUGGUUGUUCAAGUCCCCGACGAGCUGGAAUACAGGAUUCAUCUCCGCAACGAGUUGAUGGCGUCGGGGUUUGGGCGUGUCCUGAAGCGCCUCCGAACCUGGGCCGCCUCCGAAUUCUCCGAAAUCCUCACGCAUGUCGACCAAUUCGAAGAGCAAGCCGCGCGCGACCACCAAGACUUCGCCGACGAUCUCGAAAACGUCACUAGCCUCGACUUGCAGGACCCGUACGGUAUCCUGGACGCGCUGAUGGGCUCUGUGUGUACGACGGAGCAGGAUGGUGGCAGGGAUUAUGUGUUGAGCAUUUUGCAGCAUUUGCUGAUUCCGGCGAGGUUGAUUGAUGCGCCGUCGAGAGCGAAAGUAUUCCGCCUCCUCGACCUCAUGAUUUCGCAAGUCGUGCUGGAUCGCAACGGGAUGGACCCCAGCUUUACGGACAUGUACCGGGUGUCGAUCGAGGAAGUGAUGGAAGGGAUCUCGGAGGAGAUCAGCUCCGAGAAUGAGUUGCUGAAGGCGAAGCUGGUGCAGUCGAAGAUGACGAGGUCUGAGAGUAGGGAUAAGUUUGGUGAGUUGCGCGACGGCUGGGUUUAACCAUCCACUUCAUACUCUCGUCUUGGGGUGGUGACAUGCGGAAUGUAGGUUGUUGAUGUGCUGUGAUUGUUUCUCUCAGGACCAUCGGGAUCACGAAAAGUCUCCUCCGCCUGGGACGGCGGACCUCCGCGCUUCGGGGAUAACAACCUCCUAGAUCUAAAACGGCAGCUCGACGGCGACUCAGCGGC